UUGAACGCAUCCGAAAAUAUAUUUAAUAAAAUAAUUUAAAAUCAGUUUUUUUAAUUGUUUGUUUGGUAUAUGGAAACGUUGAAUAUUUGGAACGCCAGUCUGGAAACUCCCUACAUAUAUGAUUCUUACGAGAGACGUCACGAUCACUGACGUUCCAAAUAUUUAAAGUUUUCAUCAACGGCAGGUUAUAGCUUUAUAAGUUUAAUCUGACAACGUAGCAAACUAGACAUCAAACUGGCACGAUUUGGCUAACUUUUCAUUUCAAUUUCAACUAACGGGUGUCGUUUAAAGAAUUUCUGUGUGCAGAUAUUACUUUGACCUUUCGUGAGAAACAGAUUAAACUGGCUGUGUCAAUAUUUCCUGUUGCGUUCACUGUGGUACUUGAUCUUGUGUGUGGAUUCAGUAAAUGGAGAUGCGGCUAAACAUAAAUAGGCACCGACAAUAUAUUGGCUUUUUAGUAUAAUCUGAGCAACUCAUCUCUGUCCUCUGGCUUCCGUGCUUCAAGGAUGUCUUUAUAAGGUAUACAAACUAUUCUGUGGGCUAACUGUGUCCGCGCUAAAUUUGAAACCACGUUAUCCCUUAUGUAAAAGGGCUCCUUAUUAUGCCAUGCACUAUACACGAUUAUUUGAACAUUGUUUUAUAUUAUAAAACCUUAUAUUCUUAUGGGUACAUUGUUAUGUUGAUGCCGUUUAUGGAUAUUUAAUUGUUUCACAUUGUCAGGUCACCGAUCUCAACGAUUACUUGAAAACGCUAUUUAUCAAUCCUCAUCUAUAUGGAGAUAAUAUUAUUAUUUGAAAAAAAGUUCAACCGAAAAGACUAUAAUAUGUUAUACGCUCUUUAUACUCUAAGCGACGUUCCUCUUGGAUAUACUUUGUUUUUAUCGAGAAUGUGUAUCUAACAAAGACCGUGUUCGCAACUUCUAUAUAAAAUUCAAUAAAAUUAUUCACACUUUUAUCUAUUCAGCGUACAUUCGAAGAACAAAGAAUAAUGUAAUAUAUUUAUAUAAAAGAUAAAUGUACAGACAGGGUGCAAUGAACUGAAAGCUCGAGACCGGUGCUCGCUUGAAAUAUGCAAAUUGCCGAUGCAGCUUGAAUUAUGAAAUCGAACCCUUUUCCGAGUCUCGUGCGCUUAUAAUUACACGCGAUCAAAUGCUAUCUUAUAGCAAGCGCGGUGCAGAACAAUAGCUACAGGAAAAUCCGUUUAUCCGUUUAUUAUAUAUGAGCCGUACGCGAGCGCGGGGAAAACGCAGAUGGUACGAUCGGAUAAUCUUCGCUAUUAUUUAUAAGGAAUACACGCGUGCAUUCGCGGAAUAAACGCGUCUCCCUCUGUUCGUUCUAAAAGAGUUUGCCGUGGCGGAAUAAUGCUAUUUACGUAACAUUAUUUUGAGAUUUUGACCGGAUACAAAGUAAUAUUUUUACACAUCAGAAAUAUCGAUUAAGAUUUGUUGUAGUAUGGAACUCUUCGAGAGUAACUAUUGGAAACUAACUGUCUUUUUGCAAAAGUUGAUAGGGCUGUACUACUUUCAAAGCUUGUGGAAAAACAUCGUUGCGUGGAUAUACGUGUACACCUUUACACUGUCGUUUAUCAUUGCCAUAGGCGUGAGGCUUUAUCAAGAGAUAGGUAUUGACAUAAACAUUGUCACGGAAAAUUUAGUCGCCGAAAUGUAUUUGAUCAUCGUAUUUGCGAAACUCACCACAAGCGUUGUGUACAUGAAGGACCUAAAACGCCUGUACAAAAGUAUAGCCAACGACUGGAGAGUGAUGAGCGAUGAAAAAGAGUUGAAGGUAAUGCACGAGUACACCGACAUAGGUCGUAAAAGCGUCCAACUUUAUUCUGGUAUUGUCCCGAUGAUACUUUCAGGCGUCGAUGCGCUUAUGAUGCUUGUAUCCAAAAAGCUAAAAAUAAUUCCAACUCGUGCAGGCUACAUGAUUAUCGGUAUAGCCAUAUUUCUGAGCUUGCCGAUUUCCGCACCCUUAUGGGACUACAUCGUACCGCUCGAAAAUGCCACUCGUCCCAACGCUCUUCCAUAUUACGCCGAGUACGGUGUAGAUCAGGAAAAGUACUACUUUCCAUUGAUGGGCCAAGCAGUGUUCGGAGGCAUAGGAACUGGCAUGCUGCUGGUGACGUUCGAUCUUGGAUUCAUUCUCACGGUUCAACACGUUGUCGCUCUAUUCGCUCUUGUCUGUUACCGGCUUGACCAAGCUGCCAACUUAUCUCUCAGCGUGGAAAGAGGUAAAAUUGAUUUCAUUAAGGCAGAUCGAUCGGCUUACGAGUACACUGUUAAAGCGAUCAAUUUACAUCAAACUGUACUGGGGUACGUCGAUCUCGUUGAAAAUUGUUACAACGCAGGCUGGCUCGUCGUGCUUUUUAUGAACAUGCUUUUGUGCGGUGGUGGAUUGGCUGUGUUGUUGAUGAAGACUGAUCGCCCGGAAGAGUUACUGCGAUACUUCACGGUGUUAUUUGCUGGGUUCAUACAUUUUUAUUACAUUUUCCUUCCUGGCCAGAAGAUCAUCAACAGCAGUUUGGAGGUAUUCGACAAAUGCUACGCUUCUAGAUGGUACAAUCUGUCGGAAAAAUCGAAAAGUCUAAUUAAAAUUAUGAUGAUACGGAGUCUUCGAAGAUGCGAGCUGACGGGCGGAAAAAUGUUCAUCUUGUGCAUGGAUACUUACUGUAACAUGAUGAAGACGGGUUUAUCCGUGUUCACAGUUCUCAGAUAAAAAGCCGACCCUGCGAUAAUACGUUGCAACGAGAUGAUAAAAGAGGCAUUGGUUUGCAAUAAAUUUGUUGAUUGUUUACCGA